AUGGAAAAGGCCAAGGCUUAUAUUAAAAAUGAGCUUAAAAGUAGCCAACAGCAACAGCAGCAGCAACAAGCGGAGCAAUCUAGGCCUCCAUCGCAGCAGCAACAUUAUGCUGCCGCUGUGGCCGCCCAUCACCAUCAUCAGCUGCAACAACAACACCUCCAACAUCAGCAGCUUCAGCAACAACAACAACAUCAUCUCUAUCGCUCCGCCGAGGCAAUGCCUUUGUGCUAUGUUUGCGGUGGCCAAGGGGCCUAUCAAAUGUUGCGUAUAAAACCCAAUUACGAACGCCCUCAAGAAUCCUAUUUCCCAUUUUUGGAACGUCAUGAACCUCCAACCGGAGUACCCCAAGUCUCUGGGCAACAAGCCUAUGUUAUGGCCUGUCAUCUCUGCUAUCUAUCGCUUAAUGAACAAUGGAAUGCCUAUGAAAGGGAAAAGAAGCCACACAUACAGCGAAUCUAUCACAUGAAAAGGGUAGAUAAUAAACCCUAUAUAGGGGCUGAUAUUGCCACACAGGGUGAAUAUGCUGCCCAAAUGUUGGGUCUGAGUGCCGAGCAUUUAGCCCAAUCUAGCCUAGCUAAUGACAAUGUGCAACAGCAAUUACAACAACAACAGCAGCAGCAACAACAACAUCGUCAGCAACAUGCCGCCUCACCACAAAUGCCUUAUGGCUAUAGUCGGAACAGCAACAACAACACACCACAUUAUCGCAAUGAAUCAGCUUAUAAUGCUACAACGAAUCCCAAUACCAACUCACUACACCCACAACAAAUGGCCGGUGGACAAGGAGGAGGUUCUUUAUCUCGGAACUCUUCACCCUCCCCAGCACCCAACACCGCUCAAGAUUAUUAUACCCGAAACUCGCCACUCUCUCUUUCGCGUAAUCCCAAUGAAAGAUCACAAUCCUUGAGUAGGCCACAAUCACGUGAGGGUGGUGGUAAUUUACAGUUACCAUCCCCCUCUUCACGGCCCUCCAGUGUACAAGGUAAUGCCUUUGAAAGCUUGAGCAUUAAACCCUCAUCAUUUGCCCAUCACAAAUUGAAAUUGGGUCAGCUAUCCUAUUCCAAUUCGGUGUUGCACAAUGCCUAUGGUCAGGGUGUUACACCACCAUCCCACUACAACAGUGCUCCACAUUUGAAUAUGGACCCAAAUGCACCGCACAAUUAUCAAAUAAAACCCACACCACCACCAAGGGAUAUGUCACCCUCAGAUCCCAAUGCCGGGCGUACCACAACACCUCAACAUUGUCCCCCCAGCCCCUAUAGUGUUGACUACAGUUCAUCGCUGCAACGGGAACGAGAAACAGAAGAUGUCUUGGAUUUGCGUAACACCCGGCCAUCUUCAAUACCACCAAAUCCAACGGGUGCGGGAGCCACACAUAAUACCAUAUCCUCAGCCCCCUCAACACCAACGGCAAUGCCAAAUAAUAAUAAUAGCAAUACCACCCCAGUUCCACCGGUGGUUGAUGUGGGCAUUCUGGAUUUAUCAAUGCCCGAUAAAAAUUCCACCACCGAGGUGUGUUAUGCCUGUGGAGAGGAACAGCGUCGUGGUAGUCUAAUUGAAAUUAGCACUCUCAAAUCCAAAGAUGAUAAAGUGGAUCGUCCAUAUUUUCCCAUCUUUUAUGAUAUGCAUCCACGACCGGCCAGAUCGCGUCCCAUGGAUCCACGUGGCAUGAUCCAGGCAUGUCAUUUGUGUUAUGAACAUUUAAUGAAGCAGUGGCAUCAUUAUAAGACUAAUCAAAUACCCGAAAGUGAACGCAACUAUUAUCUAAGGAAAAAACCUGCCUCCGUUGUGGAACGUGCAAAAUUUGUGUGUUAUACCUGCGGCACUGAUGCCCCCUCCUCACAAUUAAGACUGGUCUAUUGUUGUCCAAAUGCCGAACGUGAACCCUACUAUCCAUUCAUAAAACAAAUGACAGCUUAUAAGAAUGCUAGUCCCAUUAGCCCGCAAGGCAUGGUGCAAAUUUGUUCCACAUGCUAUGAAAAACACUCUAGUCGCGCCGAAGGUGUACAACAGUCAUCAAUUGGUGUUUCAUCAGCUGUAGAAAAGACAUGUGAAAGUUAUUCAAAUCACUCAUCCAGCCAACAGCCAAGGGAUUUGAAAAAUUUGCGUAACAAUGAUUCACGGCCAACAACGCCAAAUACCCAGCAACAGCAACAACAAUCACAACAAUAUCAAUCAUCGGUGACAGCCUCACCUGGCCAGCCGCAACAACAACAGCAACAACUGGAAAACGGUCAUGGCCAAUAUCCCUGUUACAUUUGCAAAACCCUUUGCCCCUCCAACAAAAUGGAAUGGUUGUCCACCAGUGCUGAGCACAUGAAUUCGCAUGCAAUGCAUUUUCCCUGUCUUAAAGGCAACCAAACGGCCAGCAAUUCCAAUUCCAACUCCAGCAGUGGGCGGGAUAGUAAUUUGAAUGCCAACAGCAGCGGGUCUGCUUUAAAUAAUGACCCAAAUGGUAAUCGGGUAUUGGCCUGUAAGGAUUGUGUCAAUAAUUUGGCACGCCAGUGGGAGUCAAUGGAUGCCGAAAGGGUGCCAUUGGAGCGCAGGAGAUAUGUCAUUCCAUCUCCGGUCAUAAAUGCCACCUCACCAAAUGGUUCCCGCCAUGGUGGGGCCGGUGGUGGCGUUUUAAGUAUUAAUACCCCGCCCUCAACACCCUCAAUGUCCUCGACCCCAGCCACCACAUCCAUUUAUUGUUUUUUGUGUGGCCUACAUUCGGAUUUGACAUUGGCCCGGGUUUUAUAUGCCAGCAAGGAGGGUUCCCGACCAUAUUUCCCAUUUCUGCUGAAACACAAUUCCCUACCGAAUGCUGAACAAUUGCGUCCCGACUAUUCAGCCUAUGUGUGCACAUUUUGUUAUCAUUCGCUAUUGAAACAAUGGAGAAAAUAUGAAUCCCAAAAUCCCUCUAUAAAUCCCGUCGAUCGUGAAUAUAAUUGGCAUGAUUAUAUUUGUCAUUUGUGUAAUAUAACCACAUAUCGGAAAAGGGUGCGAGCAUUACCCGUCAAUGAAUUUCCAUUUGUGCGGAAUCGUAAAAGUGAAGAUGGCCUGCUGCUGGAGAAUGGUGAAUACGCCGUGGUGUGUUUGGAUUGUUAUGAGAGCUUGAGGCAACAAGCCUCUCAGCAUGAUCGUUUUGGUGUGCCGAUAUCAAAACGCGCUUACAAUUGGGUACCCCAGCCACCACCACCGGAGGACAGUCCCGAUGCGGCUGUGGCCCGUUUACCAUGCGGUGAACGUUCGGAUAGAGUUCCAAUUAACAAUGCCCUGAGACCAGUUGCCUCCAACAAAAAGAGCAGUUCACCCAAACUAUAUGACAAGUCUUCUAGAGAAGGUAAGUGCCCCAAACAUCCACAACAACAACAACAACUGCUGCAGAACUACUACCGACAAGAGGAGCUGCAGCAGCAUGGCCAUUGUUGUUAUUUCUAUCGCAUUACAGUUAUAUUAUCCUUCUUAUUGCCACACUUUUGGCGCACACGCACGCACACACAGAGACUACUCUCGUCACCAUCCAGCGAACGAGUGUUCAAUAUGUCCAAUAAUGACAAGAAUCAGGCAGGAGGAGGAGGAGGUGUACAGUAA